UGUGGCUUGUAAUUGGCUGAGCAAAAAUGACGUCAUAACAAGAGUUAUGGACCGCUGCACCCGUGCCCCGGGAAGCUGUAUCCUAGAACCGUCAGACGAGAUGUUCGGAGGGAACCCGUGUGACCAUAUCGAGGGGGAUGUGGACACGUACCUGAGAGUGGAACACAGGUGUAUAAAUGUUCCGUUGUCCCUAGGUUGCUACCAGGACGAACCAGUUAAUAAACCUCUACUGACUGGUCCCUCUGUCUCUCAUGUCAACACCACCAUUCAAAAGUGUCUGAAAUAUUGUCGAGCCCAAAGCUAUCGGUACGCUGGAGUUGCCAACAGAUUUGGCUGUCGUUGCGGGAACCAAUUACAACAAGACUCUGCCUCCCGCCGACUACCGGUCAACGAGUGCACUGCACCGUGUGGGGGAGACCAGUUCCAGUUCUGUGGAGGUCCCAGCACGUCACAGAGAGUAGAAGUGUUUGAAGCGUCUAUUGGAGCAUGUGGUGGCGAUCUGAAGGCAAAUGAAGGGAUCAUCUACUCCCCUGACUUCCCCGGACCGUACCCACUAGAUCAGAACUGUGUAUGGAACAUACAAGUAGCCCCUGAAAAGGUCAUAAGGGUCAAGUUAGAACUCUUAGACAUCACCGCAGAAGACAGCCUGACGAUUGUAGAGGGCAACUCUUCGCGAUCGAUUGUUACCUUUCUAAACGGUACGUCAGAAUACGUCAGUUUCAGCAGCUAUGUCCGUCUGCAGUUCCUAGCAGGGCCGCGAAGAGCGCAGCAAACGAACGGAUUCAUUCUGCGUUAUGAAGGGGUUGGCCAUUGUGUACCUGUCACAGUGAGUGAUGACGUCAUUUCCGUUUCCCCUAACCAUGGAGGAAACGUCGCUAUUGGCCAACGCGUGACGAUCACUUGCAAAAACGGGCAAAAUGUUACAGUACUGUGUCAGAAGAACGGGACCUUCGACAUCCCUACGCCUUAUUGUUCAGAGACGACAACGGACCGUGGACAGGAUGCUGUGGCGUGGGCAGCCCCAGUUUCCGUCCUGGGGGCCGUUCUACUUGUGUCAAUCGGGGUCUUUGCUAUCUUCAUCGUCAAACGUAGGAGGGCUGCGAAAGAGCCAGGAACCUCCACCCACGAUUACGACAUGGUCGACCCAGGAACCGACGACAACGAUGAGUAUGAGAUGGUCGACACACGUGACUCUCGCCCCCCGGCCAGGGGUCCCCAAGCCCCGGCAGCAUUUCCCCCUCCUCCUGGAGCGUAUGGAGCCCGGUCUGACUCUGCUGACUACCAGGCGCUGGACCCCAGCACCAUGGGAAACACUGACAGUGAAUACACCAGCCUGACAACCAACCGCGCCCACCCAGACUACGAGAACAGCCACGAAUAUCUGGAGCUGUCGAACCAGACAACCAACCGCGUCCGCACAGACGACUCGGACUACGAGAACGACUUCGAAUACGAGGACACUAUCUGACAGUUCAGUUUUUGUCCAGAUUCGGCCAAUCAGAUCGGCUAUACGGCCAUGACGUCAUUCUACCGCCAGAGCCGAGCUGAGUGUUCAACUCACUGAUUUCUGUGAAUUUUGGAAAUGCCUGAUUGAGAUGAGAUUGUGUCGCUGACAACAGUCCAAUAACUGUUAAGGAAGUUAAGUUAAGGAACAUAGUAAUUGGAAUAUAUAGGAAUUUUUAUGGUAAUAAAAUGAGCAUUAUAAUAUGCUAUAUCAUAUUAGGGUUAUUAGAUCUUAGAGUAUCUCUUUUGAAUCAGCUGAGGUGCAUAAAUGGCGCUGGAACUUUUGGAGCGAUUCUGAACAAAAUGUAAUUGAGAAUAACAUUUGUCAAAGAGCCAUCAUGCACCAAGGCAUUUAUUGUACAUUAUUUAAACAAGUCGUCCUUACAUAUCUUAGUAUGAUUCCAUGUAAUAUUUCCUGUGCUCCAUCAUCUACAUGUACCGUCCUCUGUAUGGGUUAAACAAUAGUCGCCAUCAUAUGAACGUCUCAUAGAACUUAACUUAAGUUUUGUAUUACAAUAGAUUGCAAUUUGCGAAAAAAAAGACAAAACGUUUGAAUAAGGUAGAGAAAAAUAUGUCUGCGCCGAUAGCAAGAGUCUGCUCUGUGCCAUUUUCCACUUUAGUAGUUACACAACAAUUGCAUGCUGUUUUGCCGCAGUGAAAAAAUGAAGUAAAACGGUCAAGUUUAGGUACUUCCUCACAGUGUAAAUAUGUCCGUGAGUCGAGUCUGAAACAUAACGAAAUACAAAAUAAAUCAAUAUGAAAAUUGUACAUGGCAUACCGUGAAUAUACGCAUGUAUGAGCAACAUACACCACAACAUACUUAGUGUGCAUUUAGUCUUAUUAGCGGAACUAUAAGAGUACCAAGAAAUCAUCAGACUGUUGUUUCUCUCUCUACGCUGUCAUAUUGAUGCCGCGGUUGAAAUAAGGAAAUAAAAUGAUUAUACAUAACGAACCUGCAAUGCCUGCGUAGUACAGGACUGGAAAUGAGCAUUAUCGAACUAUUGAUGAUGGAAAUGAACUUGUUUCACCGUAGACAGUAAUAUCAAUCAUUUUGAUUUUCAUACAGGCGUGUCAGUUAAGAUAAAUAAAUGUUCAUAAGUAGAAAUCGUUAACUACUAACAACACAAAUAACUCAAGAUAACUUGAUAUAGCAGGAAUUGAUAAUAGUACUAAGUAUGCACGUU